UUGAGUCGCUAGACGGAGGCCUAUCCGCGAGAAAGUACAGGCACUUCGAGUGGUUUAAAAGCAUUAAUUGCGACAUAUAAUUUCCGUGGGAUGAGUUUGGGUGACUGAGGGGAGUUUGUGAGGAGUACCGGGCUCUCAGGUGUUGUUUUUUGGGGGCAGCUGAGUGAUCAUUGGCAGAGUUCAAUACACAGCAGCUCGCUCGCGAGGAGAAUAAACAAACACUUAACACCUCCAAACACCUUGGAUUCGCUCCACUUACAUGGGCUUUCGAGGAUCUAUACGCUGCAUUUGACCAACAUAUCACAGAAGAAGAAAAGUGCAGGUAAUUCCGGCUUUGUACUUCUAAACACCUGCUUGACCCAAAACUCUGCGUUCCCCUCCCCCAGCCUCCCUGUCCUACACCCCACACAGCCCCUAACCCAGCAUGAACGAGGUCAGCAUCGUCAGAGAGGGCUGGCUCCACAAGAGAGGUGAAUACAUUAAGACUUGGAGGCCCCGGUAUUUCAUCCUAAAGAGUGAUGGCUCCUUCAUCGGCUACAAGGAGAAGCCUGAGACAUCGGACCACAAUCAGCCACCUCUCAACAACUUCUCAGUUGCAGAAUGUCAGCUAAUGAAGACUGAAAGACCUCGACCGAACACAUUUGUCAUCCGCUGCUUACAGUGGACCACUGUUAUUGAGCGCACCUUCCAUGUGGACAGCAAUGCUGAAAGAGAGGAGUGGAUACAUGCAAUCCAGACUGUAGCCAAUGGGCUUAAGUCCCAGGAAGAUGAGGAGCCAAUGGAAUUUGGUUCCCCUGGAGACAACAGCCUGGAGGGGAUGGAGGCUGCCAUUGCAAAGUCCCGCACCAAAGUGACAAUGAGUGACUUUGACUACCUGAAGCUGCUGGGCAAGGGCACAUUUGGAAAGGUGAUUCUGGUUAGGGAAAAGGCCACUGGCAUGUAUUAUGCCAUGAAGAUCUUGCGCAAGGAGGUCAUCAUCGCUAAGGAUGAGGUCGCACACACAAUCACAGAAAGCAGAGUCUUACAAAACACACGGCACCCCUUCCUUACGACACUAAAAUACGCCUUCCAAACACGUGACCGGCUGUGUUUCGUCAUGGAGUACGCAAAUGGCGGCGAGCUAUUCUUCCACUUGUCGCGAGAGCGUGUGUUUACGGAGGACAGAGCUCGCUUCUACGGGGCUGAAAUCGUUUCAGCAUUGGAGUAUCUGCACUCUAAAGAUGUUGUCUACAGGGACCUAAAGCUGGAGAAUCUAAUGUUGGAUAAAGAUGGUCACAUUAAAAUCACAGAUUUUGGCCUGUGUAAAGAGGGCAUUACUAAUGAGGCCACCAUGAAGACAUUCUGUGGGACCCCAGAGUAUCUUGCUCCUGAGGUAUUAGAAGACAAUGAUUAUGGCCGUGCAGUGGACUGGUGGGGUCUGGGAGUGGUCAUGUAUGAAAUGAUGUGUGGUCGGCUGCCAUUCUAUAACCAGGACCAUGAGCGUUUGUUUGAGCUCAUUUUAAUGGAGGAGAUUCGUUUUCCCAGAAACCUCUCACCCGAGGCCAAAGCCCUGCUUGCUGGCCUGCUCAAGAAGGACCCAAAACAGAGGCUCGGAGGAAGUCCAGAAGAUGCCAAAGAAGUGAUGACACACAAGUUCUUCAAUUCCGUCAACUGGCAAGAUGUCCUUGAAAAGAAGCUCAUCCCACCGUUCAAGCCACAAGUGACCUCAGAAACAGACACACGCUACUUUGAUGACGAGUUCACUGCACAGACCAUUACUGUCACGCCACCUGACCAAUAUGACAGUCUUGAUGCGGAGGACCCAGACACGCGCACACACUUCUCGCAGUUCUCCUACUCCGCCAGUGUGCGGGAGUGACCGUCCUCCCCCACUGUCUCGCUUUUACCAGCAAACCGGAUGCCCCUCACAUACAAACACAAGCGCAUACAAGGACAUGCACCAGCAACCCCAGACCUCAGAGGAGCGGGUUCUAGACGAACACGCAGGCGGGAGCACAGCACCUGUGAACGGUCCCGAACAGGCGGUUCCCUCUGGCCAGUCCUGGUUUCAGAUUGGCUUUUCGAUCAGCCAAUCAUUGCCUGACACUACACACUGCAACGUAAUCCACCAAUCAUUGAAUAUAGACCAUCCAACCAAUCAGGUACCAAGAAGAAUGCAGCUUAACACCAGCAGGUUUCAGGACACACCCGCAAACACACACUCAAAACACUGGACUACAGGACAAAAGCCUCUUGUAAACACAACUAUUGAACACACUCUAAAUCAUCAUGUGGGAACAAGAAAGAUGGAGUAAUUUGGACUCAUCCCACCGAUUGUUACAGUUUUAAAGCCAUAUUUCUGCAAUUGUACAAGUGCUCUUUCUGGAACUGCUGUUACCAAUAGUGUUUAACUGUUUUUACAGCCAGAGAGUGAGAGAAAGUCACUGAAAGACUGGUAAUGGAGUAACACAGAGAGGAAUAGUGCUGUUUUUCGCCUGGGCGACGUAUCGAAUGCUGUGUGUGUGUGGAUGAAUUUGUGAUCGCGUGGAUGGAUGCGUGUUCUCAGUCUACAUCUUAAACUGUCUUUUUGCGUUUUGAUUUUGUACAUGGGCAUAACGUUAGGGAACAGAACGGGGGGUGGGGUAACUAGGGGCUCGUGGGGCUCACACACUAUAGAUGUGAAAAUGUUUGUGCUUUAAAGGAAAGAGAGAGAGAUCUAUCGUGUUCAUGGGGAGGCCAUGGUUUCCUCCCCAACUGGGAAACUUGAAACCAGCAUCCGAGGCUGUUUGUUUUAAGGUAAGUGUAUCAUCGAAACUGUCUAUUAUGUUGUUUUGAUCCUCUCUACAAUUUGCAGGCAUUGACGUUGAGAUUUAGAAGCAAACAAACAAAAACAAAAAAAUAAGUAUUUGUAUCGCAAGCUCUUUUGACAUUUAAUUAUGAAUUCUGAAUGAUAUAAACUGUAGAUAUCUACAUUUCAAUUUUCAAUAGUUAAAACGCUUAACUCUUGAUAUCAGUAAUUACGUUUGCACUUGUAAAAACGUUAAUUCUUUAUCAAAUGAUGUCAUGACCGUGGAAAUAUCCAUCCUUGAUAUCAAAAAUGGAAUUUCAACUAGUAAAAAUCAUUUAUGAUCAUAAGUUAUUGAUUACUGUAAUUAUUGACUGUAAAAAACAUGUAUCAUUUUUAUAUCAACAAUUUUGUUGUUACUAGUGCAAAUGUCCAUUCCUGAGAUCCUGAUAUCGAUCAUUUGCAUUUCCACUAGUAGUAAUUCCAUUGCUGAUAUCAAGAAUUAGCAUUUAAACUAUCAAAAACUGAAUUCUAGGUAUCUAAUAUUUUAUAUCCUGCACAAUUAAAAGUCCUUUCGGCUUGCCAUAGAUUUGAAUGUCCUGUUAUUUAACAGCUGGAGUUACUGGGUCCGCCUCAUGUUGGUCAGUAAGUAACAAGACCAACCGGUUAAAGUAGCAAACACCGACAUGCUACACCAAUGUUGUUGCCGCCUUGACACUUUUUUUCAUUUCUCCUUUUUUUAUUAGUGUAGUAAGACGAAAAGAAAUCUUUGUUAGGAUGUUUGAGAGGAAAUGUUUAACUUCAUCUCCAGAUGUGUAACUUUUGUGUCGUUCUAUGGACAGAAACUGUCGGAACAUGUCGCUUAGAAGUGUGAGGUGUUAUUUUCUUCUUUUGCCUUUUUAAAGAUGCUUUGUGUAAGAAUAUUUUUGUUUAUUCAUUUUAUUUGGAUAUUUUUUUUUUCCUUUGUUCUUUGUCCACCCACUCCCUGAAAUUAAAUUGUCUUGAUAAAAUAUAUAUAUAUAUAAAAUAUAUAUUACAAUAUUAAACCUUUUUGUCCAUUUGUUCUUCUUUUAGUGUGAGAGAGAGAGAGAGAGAGAGAGAGAGAGAGAGAAAUAUGGUAGUCAUAGUAUGUAAUUGCAACAGGAGUUCAUUUGUUGAGAGAUAUACGACUAUCAUGUGUGUUGUUACCUGAUAUAAGCGUCCCUCCUCCAUAAACGCACAUUUUAUUACUCCUACAAAAGGUCUUCGCUGAACCGAUGUGCUUCUGUGGGUCUUAUACACUUAUACUUUGUCUCAAACCUAGUGAGAUGCCUACCUACGAGGCAUUUGUGGCCAUCAUGGUCACAAAUGCUGUCAGGGUUACGCAGUGAAAUUAGGUUUUGAGACACAGCCCUUAUUGCCUUGACUGAGAAAGGCCACCAGAUGGCGACAUAUACUGAUGUGAUUAAAUAUUACACCGCAAAUAUUCAUAACAAUAUUUGACAUGCGCACUCUAGUUCACACCUUGAUGUUCCAAUAUAGAUUUUAAUAGGAACACUUUUAAGGGGGGACACAUCUAAAAUGGGAUGCUGUGGUGAUUUCACUCAUUUCUCUUAUAUAUACAUACCUGUAGGACAAAUCAGCUUUAAGUUGAAAUGAUUAUUUUGCAGUUUUAUCCAUCGACUGUUCUGUCCUGAAUGUAAUGAACAACACGAAUGUCAUCAUACUUCUGAGGGAUUUGUUUUACUACGGAGUGCUAUGGGUUA